UUUUUAUCCCGUGUACUAGUAGCCUAUAUGCCAUUUUCUAGGAUCUAGGUGCCAGCUACCUGCUCUCAACAUCAUUGGAGGAAUGUGCGUUUGGAAACAACAUGAGGCGAACAGGUCGCAUGUCACCAAGGAAAAAGCAUGGACACAGAAAACUUAAGUAAGCAAUGUGACCAGUCCUAAUUAUCAAUAAGGCUCCAGAGUAAAGACAAGCUCUGAUGAAUGGACCGCAGGAUGUUUUCUGGUGAGCCUGGUCUGAAUUACAGCUUCAACCUGAGCGAUGACCGGGGGCUGGAGGACACGGCGGCGGGAAGGGCGAAACUCUCCCCCACGGGCUUCGUAGUGCUGUCCGUGGUGCUGGGCUUCAUCAUGACUUUCGGUUUCCUGAACAACUUCGUUGUCCUGCUUCUCUUUUGCAAAUUCAAAAAGCUGCGAACACCGGUCAACAUGCUGCUGCUGAACAUCAGUGUCAGCGACAUGCUGGUGUGUUUGUUCGGCACAACGCUCAGUUUCGCCUCCAGUAUUCGUGGAAAGUGGCUGCUGGGUCGCAGCGGCUGCAGCUGGUACGGCUUCAUCAACUCUUGCUUUGGUAUUGUGUCACUGAUUUCUCUGGUGAUCCUCUCGUACGACCGCUACAGCACUCUGACUGUGUACAACAAGCGUGGGCCAAACUACCGUAAGCCCCUGAUGGCCGUUGGGGGCUCUUGGCUGUACUCCUUGUUCUGGACGGUGCCUCCUCUGCUGGGGUGGAGCAGCUACGACAUAGAGGGGGCAGGAACAAGCUGCUCUGUGUCCUGGACGGUUCGGACGGCCCAGUCGCACGCCUACAUCAUCUGCCUCUUCAUUUUCUGCCUGGGUCUACCUGUCCUGGUGAUGAUCUACUGCUAUGGCAGGCUGCUUUGGGCUGUCAAACAGGUGGGUAAGAUCCGCAAGACUGCAGCCCGGAGGAGAGAGUAUCACAUACUGUUCAUGGUUCUGACCACAGCAGCUUGCUACCUUUUGUGCUGGAUGCCAUACGGUGUCGUGGCCAUGAUGGCAACAUUCGGCCCGCCCAAUAUCAUCAGUCCUGUGGCCAGUGUGGUGCCCUCACUGCUGGCCAAGAGCAGCACAGUCAUCAACCCUCUCAUCUAUAUACUUAUGAACAAACAAUUCUACAGGUGUUUCCUGAUUCUGUUUCACUGUGAUCACUGGUCAGCGGACAACUGCAACACCUCAAUGCCCUCCAAGACCACAGUAAUCCAGCUUAACCGCAGAGUCUACAGCAACACGGUGGCUUGCACCGCCCAGCUCUCCACUGACGCCCUCCACCAGUGCAGCAGCACCCCGGCUAGCAAGCACACAAACCCCCCUGAGCUCCCGACCUGAGCCGAAUAUCCUCCACAUGACCAGACAGAAAACAAGUCAUGAUGAAGCAGAAUAACUCAUCUUUAAGGCCACACUUACAACAUGAAUUACAGAAGAAUAAGGACUAAAGCAUUUAGAAAGUAAAUGUACUUUACAUGUGAGCUUGUGUUUGUACAGAAAGGAUUCAUUUUGUGUCACGAGAGUUUAAGUUUUUUACAUGUACAAGACACAAAAAUGUGCAAAACAUCUGUAGAAGUGUGUUUUAAAUUCACAAUAUGGCCAAAUGUAUGUGGACAAAAGAACAUUACACCCACAAACAUUUUAAUUUAAAACCACAGCAUUAAUAAGCUGCUGUAACAGCGGACAACUCUUCUCAGAAGGUUUUGGAAGCUACAGAGAUUUGCUCCCAUUCACCCACAACAGCAUUAGUGAUGUCGAGCACUGAUGUUAGGUGAUAAGGUCCAAUUCUUCCCAGAGGGAAGAGGGAAGGGAAUGUCCUUCCACAAACUGUUGCAACAAAGUUGGAAGAACACUGUUGUCUAAAAUAUCAUUGAAUGCUGUAGCAUUAAGAAAAACUGCCCCUGACCUCACUAACAUGGACACGAACCUACUUUUGGCCAUAUAGUGUAUUUAACCUUUGUUUUAUAAGUCUAUGUGUCCAGUAUUUCUUUCAUAUAUUAUGUGGUUUAUAUGAGGUACAUUAGUUUUAAGGAACGUACCUGUCAAUUUGAUCAUUUCCAAAGCACAUUUUGUCUUUAUCACAUUGGAAUCAGGGUGACAAUGAAGGUUCGAGAAUUUAUGGUCGAGACACUUGUUUCUUAACGAGAAUUUACAAGUCCGGGUGCACAUUAACUACAAUAUGUUUUGAGGUUUAAAGUCCCUCCUCCUCUCAAAAAUGUGUUUUACUUACUGUUGCUUCACUUGAAUGUUUGAGCUUCACUGUGCAGAAUGAUGUAUGUGCAGAGUUUGACACUAGAAGACUGAUCUCACACUCAUCUGCUGUAAGUGGACAGUUUCUCAAUGCUCACCAUAAGUCUGAGUUUACGGUGUUUUCCUACAAGCAUGAUUUAUGACAUUACAGCUUGUUUGGAGCCAGUCAUUGUCAAUAAAAAAAUUAUGCAUUUAAUGAUCAAAAUGACUUUCAAAUAUACAUUUUAUGCUGGCUGAAUUCCUUUUUGAAAUCCUGAUUGUGUUUUUCCCCCACCACCAAAACAAAAACCUAGUGCCUAUUCUCUGUUGCUGUGAGUUUGUCAUUGCGCUGCUGUAAAUGCCAAGACUAGUCAAUCAUAGAUUUGUGCGUCUUCUAUCAGUGUCCUCAGUGGAUUGAUGUAUUCAUUUAGCUUCCUCCUCUUACUUCACCCUCUUAUCUGCUAUGACUGUAAAUGUUGCAGAAUCCGAAAAGUGCUCAGACUAAGAACUUAAUCUAAAUUGAACCUCAUUCUGGCAUUUAUUUUAUUUAUUUCUAUAUGUGUAUUUGUGUUGUUCCCUCUUUUGAUAUGGUUACUUUGUGUUAUUAUUGCAUG